AGUCGGAAAAAAUAACUGCCAAGCUUUUUUUUCUACCCGCAAUAAGCAAUACUAUCUACCGUGUAUAGUUUAUUGAAUCGCAUCGACCUUUUUCAACUCCUCGCGGCCAAAGUUAGGCGCAAGUCUAGGGAGUCAAAAUGCAGAUUUUUGUAAAGACACUCACAGGAAAGACCAUCACCCUUGAGGUUGAAGCGUCUGACACCAUCGAAAAUGUCAAGGCCAAAAUCCAGGACAAAGAGGGAAUCCCACCAGAUCAGCAAAGAUUGAUCUUCGCUGGUAAGCAGUUGGAGGAUGGAAGAACCUUGUCCGACUACAACAUCCAGAAAGAGUCAACAUUACAUCUAGUGUUGAGACUUCGUGGUGGAGCCAAGAAACGCAAGAAGAAGAAUUACUCCACCCCCAAGAAAAUCAAGCACAAGAAGAAGAAGGUCAAGCUCGCUGUUCUCAAGUUCUACAAGGUUGACGAGAAUGGAAAAAUCCAUCGUCUGAGACGUGAGUGUCCGUCUGAGCAAUGCGGUGCUGGUGUUUUCAUGGCUGCCAUGGAAGACCGUCAUUACUGUGGAAAAUGCGGUUACACACUAGUGUUCAACAAACCUGAAGACAAGUAAAUUUCUGAAAAAAUUUUUCCAUGUACUGUUUUAAUACAGUAAAAUACUAUAAUUAAAAAAUAAAAA